AUGGCGCACCUUCACAAACGUGCACUGCCACUUUCUGCGAACGAGGGCAAUUCUGGUCCUAUUGACAGCCUUACUUUUGACGCUGGCGCACAGUUCGUUGACGUCCGCCCCGGUACCACCAACGAAUUCAAGUCUCCAGGCCUGAACGAUUUGCGUGGGCCAUGCCCAGGACUUAAUGCUGCAGCAAACCAUGGCUUUCUUCCCCGCACGGGAAUCACUUCAGUUCAGACGACGGUCGAUGGACUGAGUAAGGCGUACGGUUUCGGACCAGAGUUUGCAGCUGCUCUGAGUGCCAUUGCAAUUGCGUUGACUGGCGACCCUACAGGCCUAACUUGGUCGAUCGGGGGACCCUACCCUCCGGCGCUACUGGGAGGUGUGAUCACCAAUCCGGAGGGAAUAUCUUACUCGCACAACGCGUACGAGAGUGACGCUUCCCCUACCAGGGACGACGCUUAUCUCAACAACGGUGACGCGUAUACCUUGGACCUGUCUAAAUUCAAAGCGCUCUACAGCACGGCCAAUGCCAACGGAGAGUUCACCCUUGACAUCCUCCGCAACCACAACAAGCAAGUUCAUGACUAUUCCGUCCAGCACAACCCGUACUUCUUCUCGGCGCCGUUCGCCGGUCUUGUUCCUCCGAUCGCCCAUCAUUUCGUCGUCAACUUGAUGUCGAACCACUCCGCCGCAAGGCCAAACGGGUUUCUCACAAAGGCAGUUCUGAAGUCGUUUUUCGCCAUUUCAGGGCCAGACAACAAUCUCGUCUACAACAAGGGCCAAGAACGCAUUCCACUCAACUGGUACCGUCGCCCGUUGACGAACCCCUAUGACGCCGCUGCUGCAGCCGCCGACGUCGCCAUCCUCGCAACAAAAUACCCCGACAUCGUCGAAGUCGGCGGCAACACCGGCACCGUCAACUCGUUCACCGGUGUAGACGUCGGUAACAUUACGGGUGGUGUAUACAACGCGAAAAGUCUCCUCGUGGGCAACAACGCAGCUUGCUUUGCUUUCCAAGCCGCACAGCAGGCUAUUCCUGGUGUCUUGAGCGGACUCGUGGCCGGCAUACUCACGCCAGUUCUGAACCUCGUCAACAACGCCAUCAGCCCGGUCACGAGCUCGCUCAAUUGCCCUGCUCUGCUCACCUUUGAUCAGAGUAAGUUCAAUCAGUACCCCGGGUACAAGUAUCACCCGAAGAUUUAGACAUAGCGGAUCCUUGGUUCCGUUGGCUGUCGGGCGUCGGUGAAGCGGGUUACGGCUUGUUGGACUCUCAUUGAGGAUUGGAUAUGGAGGAGUGGAAGUAUAUGGAAAUUGUAAAUCGAGGAAAUAACGUGUUUCAGC